AUGCAGGUGAACGAUGUGUCGACUAUUCAUGGCGUCCCUAGAGGCCGUGUUGGCCACUUGGGUCACGCUCUGAAAAGGCACGCACCCGGUGUGGGGAAGAGGGAGAUUAGAGGAACGCAGGAGGCGGUGAACGUCUCCGUGACUUCCACCCCCGCUGCGGAUGGGGGUUCGAAUACUUUGCACGGUGAAAAUGCAUCCUCACGUCCACCCCGAGUGGAGGAAGGGAAUACGAGCUCGAUGCGGGUGGACCAGAACUCACUGGAUGGGAUACGCGGCUGCUCAAUUCAACUAAGCCGUGAAGCGAGCCCAAGGACCGAAUCGAUGACGCACAGUUCUUUUGACACUAAACGAAAGGGAAGCCCCGCAUUGUUCAUGCAGGCGGCAUCCACGAAUUCUUUUAGGAGGCGUGAAAAGUACUUGACGAAUCGAGAAUUGUAUCUUCAACUUUGUUAUGAGCAACAAAUGCGGCGUCGUGACCCGAGAAAUGGCCUUGACAGGAAGGGGGAGGACUACUUUUAUUAUAAUCAUCGAAGCAAGGGUUGCUACAUCCCACGUGACCCUCCAAAGGACACCCUAUUUCUCACAUAUAACCAUAUUUUUGAAUACACUGAUGGAUCUCGGUUUAAGCGUGUUGGAGAUGCAGAAUCACCGCGACCCAACCCCGGUAUGGUGGAGACGCGGACAGGCUCACUCAAUUCACUCAAGAGGGUGAGUCAGAAGGAGCUUGCCAUGGCUGCCUUCACUAAAGAGGGGUACUCCAUUCCGGAUCACAGUCUCUUCCCGAGCUCACCAGGAAGACCAAGAUCUCAAAAUUCAAGGACAGUAUCCGUUGAUUUGGCGCGAAGCCUACAUGUAUCUGAUCUGCGUAUUCAACCUUUUCGGAAGCACGUCAUCAUUGAAGACGUCAUCUCGAAGAAUAGUCAACGAGUGUCAAAGGUGAUGGAUGGAGUCAGUAGUGUAGUGGCGAAGGGAAAGGUGAAUUGGAAUGACGUCCCAGCGAAUCUCCGUCGUGCCCUCAGUGACGAGCAGGUCCGCCACGCCGCGACGCUUGAAAGUGAAACGGCAUCGGCUCUAACAACAGGAUACCGCAUGGAUGGAACGGGAUUUAAGCGAUACAUGACAGAUGUCUAUUCGUCUCCAUUGAGCUUAGUUGUUAGGGAUGAACGAAUAGAGCCCUCCAGCACAUUGCAACAAACUUCAAAACGCCAGCAAGUUGUCUUCACAGACCACGCUGACCGGGUGCUGCUGGGCUUUUCGGAAAAUAUUCGUUUGCCCGUGAUGAACAGCGAUGGCAGACCACCGUGCCAACUGAUGUCUGCGCCUGAGGAAAACGACAAACCAGAGAGUGGGGAAGGAGGAAUUGCUGGACCGGAUUCAUUAUUUAACACGCCGCAAUUACCGGGGGAUGACAGCCCCGUCCAGGCUUUGUGCUCAUCUCCUCAAGGUGAAGAACGGUCGGUGCUUCUUCCUCCGGUGGUGAUUGCGGCAAUGCGGGAUGCGGCGUGGUUUGACUCUGUCGGUUUGCGUAAAUUACAAUUCGAUGAAACGCCGGUGCCGUGGUCCUCGCGGCUACCGGAGAAGCCGUUACCUUUCGAAACAUCACGCCUUCAGUACUGUCGGAAUUAUGACGUUGGAGAUGCCAAUCCCCCGCAGGCAAUGAUGCACUGGUCACAGGCGCGGAAACUUCUGUAA